AAAAAUCACUGACCGAGUUUGUUUACCAAAGCGAAGACAAUACCGUUUGUUGGAAUUUUGCCAAAAAAGGUGAUUUGGAGAUUUGGCAACCCAAAAUUGCUGCUCUCAAAGAAAUAUUAAACAAGUUAGGCUUGACCAAUAUUCGUUUUUCUUUACGGAAAAAAAACGGGAAUAAUCAUUUAACGUCAUCACUAAAAUUGCCAACUGAAAAAGCCACAAAAAAUAACUUGGUCCAAAAAAUAUUUGAACUAGGCAUUCACACUAAAUUUAGCACGCUCGAUGGGAUAAGUAAUGCCGCCGAUUACGUCAAAAGUGCCCGAGCCAAAAAUUACGCAGCUUUGGCGAUAACCGACCAUUAUAACGUGCAAAUUUUUCCUGAAUUUAGCCAAGAAAAAACCGGGGAUUUGCGAAUUAUUUACGGCUGCGAAUUAGAAAUGUUGGAAGAUGACUUACCACCCUACAUUUUUAAUCACAAUUCUGCUACUAAUCAGAAACUUUUGACAGUGCCAAUAACCGAUUUGACUUAUUGUGUUUUUGACUUAGAAACCACCGGAUUUUUUGCGGCUUACAACGAAAUUAUUGAAAUAGGAUACGUAACUUAUCAGAACGGGAAAAUUAUUCGGGAGGGCGAAUAUUUAGUUUGCCCGGAAAAACCAAUUGCUCCGGAAAUUUUGGCUAAUUGGUAUACUGAUAUUGACCCCAAGGAGUUAAAAAAGGCUCCGAAAAUUAGUCAAAUCUUACCCCGACUAAAAAAAGCCUGGGAAAAUUGUGUUUUGGAGCUACCUUAUCCGGUAAUUGAUACUCUACCACUAGCGUGGAUACUCUUGCCGGAACGGAAAUCUUAUAGUUUAGAAAGAUUGAGCCGAAUGUCCAGCAAAGACAAAAUCAAACAAGCCCACCGAGCUCUUGAUGACAAAGAAACCAAAAAGUUAAUUAAUCACGAAUAUUUUCCUAAUCGGGGACAACGAGUAAAAGUUUUGGUAACUAACCAAGUCGGAUUGAAUAAUCUUUACCGCUUGAUAACUCUUUCACAUACGCAAAGGUUAUUUCGGGUGCCUUGUGUUUUUCGCUCCGAUUUAAUUCAGCAUCGGGCGGGACUAUUGAUUGGAGCAGCCGGCAGCCGCGAAGGAGAAAUGUUUGCACUUUUUAGUUCUUUUGCGGACCAAGAGAAAAUUAGGGAAAAAAUGCAAGACGUAAAAGAUUUGGCAAGGAGAAUUAUUACCACGGCCGAAGCACUAGAUAUGCUUAUUAUUGCUUCUCAUAAUGUUCAUUAUUGUGAGAAAAAGGAAAGGCUGCUCAAACAGAUUAUUGUGGCUAACGAGGGUAUGAAUAACACGAAACAUUAUCUUUAUUACGAAGCGACUUGGGAGGGAAAGCAAGAUAGGUUUGCUGAUUUACCACUCCAACACUUACUUACUCUGGAAGAAAUGAACCCGCAAGAAAUAGUAAACCGUAUUGGCAAAGUUGAUAUUAAGCAGCCGCCACUUAAUUACUCAGCCACGGAAAAUGUGCGGGGCGAAGAAAACGAUUUAAUAACGGCCUACACGCAGCGAGCCAACGAGUUAUUUGGUGAAAUUUGGCCGGAAAUUACUGACUUAAAUCCUUUGCCUUUUUAUAAGUUUUGUCCGGCUUGUCGUUACACUGAACUUUAUCAAGCUCCGGACCGAAUUUUCUCUUGUUAUGACUACCAGGAACAAGAAAAUUGUCCUCAUUGUCCUAAUUUAUUAACUAUGGAAGGACAUAAUUUACCUUUCGAGACCUUUUUUGGUUGGGAAGGGGAAAAGUCGCCCGAUAUUGACCUUAAUUUCUCGGGAGAUUACCAGAAGUCCGCUCAUAAUUACGUGCGGCAACUGCUUGGGGAAGACGCGGUUUAUCGCAUUGGGACAAUUAAUACUUUGUCCCAGCAAACCGCGGAAAUUUUUUUCCGGGAACAUCUCCAAUUACGGAAAAAAUUUAAUCCUAAUUUUGCGGAAGAAAAGUGA